AUGGGCGUUGGGGCACGAAUCCUUGGUGCUGACCUUGUCGGGAUUGUAGGAGGAGAGCGCCAGCAGGAGGAGCCGCUGAGGGCCACUCCCAACACGCCGCCCCCAUCGACCACGACGCCCAGAGGGGCAUCCCGGACAAGGGCAUCCACCGCCAGGCCCACACACAUGGAGGAGGAGGAGGCGAGCUUGGGUGCUGGUGGCUCCGUCCCGGCAACGAAUGUUGGCGGGGAGGGAAUCGCUUCUCAGGUUGGCACGGACCCUCCCUCGAUGGACCAUGAGGACAUCGACAAUGUCAUCGAGGAGGUCGCCAAGGAUGCCGAAGCUGAGGCCACCAAGAUCGCGGCUGAGGAAGCCGCCAAGUCUGCCGCCGAGGGGGCGGCAAGGGGCCUGCCGGGGAAACCGGCCGCUGCCGAGGAGCCCGGCAAGGCCGCCGCCGGGGAGGCUGCCGCGGAGCCCGCCGAGGAGGAGGUGGCAAACGACCAACCUUCCUCCCCUGCAGCCCCUGCCCCAGGGAAGUACCUGAGGGUGGGCGACGACCUGUUUGUCUGCCUCCCAGGGACGGCAGUCACCAGGGCGCCUGCCGAGGGGGAGGUCUUCGAUGAUGAGGCACUCGCCACUGCUGGGCUCCAGGCCCUGGACCAUGCCGGCAAGGUGGAGAAGCUGGAGCUGGGGCAGCUGAAGAAGGAGAUCUUGGCAGUGACGGCAGAGAGGGACACGACCAACCGCACCCUGGCGGAUUCGCAUGUCACCAUCUCCGACAAGUCCAAGCUGCUCUCCGAGGCCAACGACUCCAUCAAUGACCUGAAGCUGAAACUGGACGGCUUGGAGCGUACGCUCUCAGAGCUCAGGGCCCGUGAGGACACCCUGAACAAUACCCUUGAGGAUGAGAGGCAGCUGCGGAAGGACGAUGCCGCUGCCCACAACGAAUAUGUGGGCAGCGUGAAUCUGUGGAUCAGCCGCCUCGUCGACGUCGCGGGGAGUAUCACCGCGCAGCUAGCCGUCAUGGGCAUGCCGGAUGUCAGGUACUCCCAGGUGCCGAACGUGAGCCCCAAUGCCAGGCUGACCUUGUUCUUUGAGCGCGGACUCGACGCCCUGGAACAGCUCUGCUCCAAUUGA